AGUCGUAGCCGCACAUCGAAGCGCAGUGGCGCACUACGAGAAGCACCAGAUACAAGUGCCUAUACGCCGACGCCACUUCGGUGCGCGGCCGUGUCAGAUGCAUUGGCACUUCGAAGAGCAUAGCCACGCGCUUGCGUGAUCAAACUAAGAGUGGACGACCCUGUACAUCGAGAGGCAACUUUUUUAAUCGACGUAACAUGCUUCACGGGACUCUUGGCAACGACUUAGCCAUAACUCGUUGGGCCAAAGGUCGGAUGAGCGUUCACGGAUCAUCCUCGAGGCAAGUGGUGUCUCCGGAACCUCGCCCCUACUUUCCGGGAAGUAGUUAUCUGGCGCAUGCCCGCGGCCGAUUUCGCGGCACCUAUGCAGCUAACUGGCUGCAACAGCUGAAGAUUUUUUUGCGUCUGUGGCGCUGUCGAAUAACCCCCCCCCCCCAAAAAAAAAAAAAAAAAAAACUUUAUCACUUGCACCGUACUGAUGGAAUCUUAUGGACGCUAAUCAAGAGAAAGUUGUACCGUUGUCUCACAAUGGAAGUAUCCAGCCUGUACAUACAAAAAAUGUGGAAGGUACACUAUUGCUGUCCUGGCCAUGUUCAUUGUGUCAUAGCAUUAAUCCUGGAACUCUCUCUACCUAGGUUCUCGAAGUUUACUCCAACCACAGGACAUAGAGUUUGCAGUGCCCACUUCGAAGGAGGGAAAAAGACUUACAUGAACCGUGUGCCCACAAUAUUCCCUUUGAGACAGCAAAAGGUGGAGAAGAGGCGACCGUUGAGAAGAACAAAGCCUGAAGUUGUCAGGAGCUCAACUGUGCCACCUGGAUCUGAGCAAGAGGUCUCUGCCAUCGCUAGCAGUGACAGCGAUGAUCCUUUGCAGCAGGAAGUGCAUCUACACCUGGACCAUGCAUACAGCAGCCAACAGUUAAGUUAUGAUGAGCUUGUCGAGCAAGUUGCUAAACAAAAGCACAUCAUAACUGAACUCCUGGAGCAAGCUGAAGCAGCAAAUGCGACAGUGGCAGAGCUUAACAACCUGCUUAAACGAAGUCAGCAGGACCACGCCGAAACAAAAAAGCUGUGUGACCGUCUUCAGCAGAAGAACAGGUGCUUAAGACUUCAGUUAUCAGCAAUGCAGGAAAAAGUUAGACGUUGCAAGACUGAAGCUGCACAGAACAUGGAUAUCACAUAUGAGGCCCUUGUAAAAGACGAGAAAAAGCUACGGUAUUACACUGGCUUCACAUCCAGCAAGCGCUUGGACACUUUUUGGUCCCUUCUAGAGCCAGAUGCAAAAAGGCUGUGCUUCUGGCAGAUGAAAGAAACGGCCAGUGAAGACAGAAACUUCAUCCUGCCUUUGAAGACCCAGCUCGUGCUGGUCUUGAUGAGACUGAAGCUUGGUCUUGAUGGCCUUGACCUUGCAUACAGGUUUGGUGUGUCUAAAACAACUGUUUCAAGGAUCUGGGUAACAUGGCUGGAUUUUUUGGACAACAGGCUUUGUCAGGUCCCAACUUGGAUGUCUCCGCAACUGUGCGACAAGUACCGGCCAAAAGCCUUCAUUGACAAGGGCUACACUACCGUUGAUGGCAUCCUCGACUGUACAGAAAUUUUCAUUGAGACCCCUUCGUCAUUCCGGGUGCAGAGUGAAACCUAUUCCUCUUACAAAAAACAUAAUACCGCGAAAGGAUUAGUUGUGUGCAGCCCAAAUGGCUUUGUCAUGUUUGUGUCCGAUCUUGCUCCUGGAAGACUGUCCGACAAGGCCCUGACAAAGGCUUGCGGUGUGCUGGAAAAGUUCUCACCAGGGCGAAGUGUGAUGGCUGAUAGGGGGUUCACUAUCGAAGAAGAGUGCAAGCAGCAUUCACUGCAUUUGAACAUUCCGCCGUUCCUGGAAGGACGGCCUCAACUGUCCGAAGCAGAUGAGACUGAGACAAGGCUCAUUGCAAGUGUGCGCAUACACGUGGAAAGGGUCAUCCGGAAGAUCAAGACCUACAAAAUACUCUCCCAGGUGUUCCCAAACAGCAUGUCUGGACAACUGAACAAAGUGUGGCACAUUUGUGCACUCUUGACUAACUUUGUGGGUGAACCAUUGUUGUGAUAAGGUGUAAAUGAAAUCUUGAUGUUCGCGAUGAUGGGCUGUGCCGGUGUGGUUCAAUACAUCACUACCCCUUUUUAUGAAAUAAAACAAUGUUAGCAUUCCUCCAACAUUCCAGCAUGCUCAAGGCCAUCAGGCAUUACAUAUAAAGUGGCAAGCUUCCCUAGCACAAUAGCUCCCCUUUCUAUAGGUCUACAUGUUUGGAUGUACCAGUGCAUAAUAAAGACUGACUUAUA